AAAACAGCGCCGAGGCGCCACAGAGUUCAGCAGAACUCUGGAGAAGUGCGUCAGAGAAGAGGUAUGGCGGCGGCUAGCUGAGGCUGAGAAACACUGACCCAGAAGCACAGAACGAUUAAAGACUGUUCUUCUCCCCUGAAAAUGGCUAGCAGCAACCAGAAUGUAGGACAGGAGACUAAAGGAGACGGGAGGAGCCGCGGAGGCAGCGUAUCUAUUGAGAAUAGUGAUGUUCCGAAGCAUUUAAUGCCAGGCUCGGCUCUCACAUCCAAACAAGAUGGCGAACAGGCUGUAUGUGAAGCAGGACCCGUGCUGCUAGCAGGGCAAGAAGAUGCAGAGCGGCGCAGGAGCAGCAUGUCGGACCUGAAGACGAGCGAUAAUGGCUCCGCUGCGUUUGAAAAGGCUGCGCUAGAACAGCCAAGGAGAAGCUUUCACAUUCCCCGGAAGAACAAGGAAAAGAAAGCGCUGUUUCAGUUCAUGUCUCUGGACUCUCGGGAGUUUAAAGAGAUUCUGAAGAUUAUGAGCUCCUCCUACCUCGACCCGUCAUCAGGAAGCACCUUUUCUUAUAAGAAGGCCAGCCUGAUCCACAGCGAGCUGCUGGAGAAGGAGUUUAUUGAAAAGAAACGAGAGUUGAAACAGGAUGGGAGAACAGAGAAGGAGCUUGUGGAGUCCUAUGCUUUUUUGCUGGCUGAUCCUACAAAGCUCAACUGGAUUUGUGAAAAAGGAUUAGACAUUGGACAUUCCAGAGUCACAACACUUGGCAAGCCUUCAUUGGGUGUUUAUCUGUCCAAGCAUGCUGAUCUGCUACAGAUUAAUCCCUUUGAUGUCGGAGCAACUGGAGAAAUAAUUAUAUUUAAAGUUAUGAAGGGAAGAAUCAAGAGCAUAUAUGAAAACAUGUCAAAAAACAUCCUGGAUCCAACCCCAAAGUUUGAUUGUCACGUUUCCAAAAAUUCUUCACGGGUCACGACGCUGUGGUCCUACAGAGCGUUUGAGCUCACACAGACCUACUUCUAUGAGUAUGUCUUUGAUGACAUUAAGAAGCGCCCCAGGCACGUGUGUCCCUAUGCUGUGGUGUCAUUCAUGUGCCAAGACAAGGGCAGUGCACCAGUGCCAAAGCCAUUGCCUCCGCCAAUGUCAGUCAGCAACAGCUCAGAUGGGGGUGGAGGUAAAGGCCACUUCACAGUUUGGAGCGGUCAGUUUCUAAACAAGGGGAACCUAAUCUGCCAUGCCGACCUGAAAUCUGACAAGUGGCUAUUUCCCCCCUUCAAACUGCCCGAGAAGCUUGACGUGGGAAGUGUGAUGUCCCUGGAUCAAGUGAAACUGAAGAUCCCGGCUGCCGUGUUUUACAGGGACACUUACAAUAGACAGAGGGAAGUGCUAAAAAGUGGGAUGUAUUGCAGCCUUUUUGAGCUGUUGGAAAAAUCUAAAUCUGGAAGCAGCUUACCAAGUGUGCUCCAGAAGCUGGAAAAGGAGAAACUGGUGCUUGUUAAACCUCUGGAAGACAAAGGAUUUCUUUUCCUGCUUUCAUCCUCCCAAAUGGUUUAUAACGAGUUGAAAGGCGAGCAGUUGAGGUGUCUCCAGGCGCUGUUUCUGUUCCAGGAGCCCCGAGAUGUGGUGAAGGCUGCAAAAAGCUGUGCAACGGCAGCACCCCAAUCAACCGAAGGCACGGAGGAGAUUAUGCCUCAUUUGAUGACGUUUAUUCCUGCUCUCCACUACGGCCUAAUGAAGUCCCGCAACAACACUUCCACACCCCCGAACAUUGCAGUGGAGCGUUGUGCGAAUGAUUACCUGAGGAAUCUGCCUGAAGGAGGGAGGAAACGGAUCAGGGAGUUUGUCUUGUAUGAGUAUGACCAGAAGCUGGACCAUAAAAAGGCUUUGUUCACUCCACCAUACGUAAAGACAAAUAUCGAUAAGGCUCUGCACUUCUACCUAUACGAGUCCAACGCCUUUAAGCUGUCACUAUCCCGAGUGAGGGAGAUGGUGGAAAGCUCUCUCAGGGUCCCAGAGUGCAGCCGGGAGGGCUCCGAGGGCAAGUGCGAAAGCAAGAGGCUUGGCCGGGGGAAUGGCUCGGAGCAUGCGCCGCUGUCGCAGAAGACUAGUCACAAUGCGAUGGACGACCCGGAGAAACUCAAGGAGCUGAUCCACCUGAUUCAGAGCAGGAAAAAGCACAUGGGAGAAGGGGCAGAGAGCGAGGAGUUCAAGAGCGUCCACAGUCUGAAGAGAAAGCUGGAGGGGGACGAUGUCGAAACUGCCUACAAGCACUUGAGGACAUGGGCCGGGGAGAACGGAGAAGACCUGAAAGCUGAUGUCGAGCAGUCUCCUGAUUCCUCCUCUCUCAUUACCUGUCUGGGUGGUCAGGACACUGACCUAAGGAAGCAAGACCCCUCCAGCACUGUGGCUGCCGACACCCAGAGCCUCAUCCAGCUGCUCCUGGACACCCUGACCAGCGCUGGGGGUGCCUCGGCUGUGGCCCUGUUGAACAAGCCCCUGGACUCGGGAUGUGCUCAGGAGCCCCCCAUGAUGCACGGCUAUGAGGAUUCAGAGAAGGAGGGGGCCCUGAUGGCAGCAGAUCCCUCCAGUACGUGCAAUGCCAGUGACCUCCGCCUUGCCUCUGGGGAUGAGAGGAGUGACGGGAAGGACAGCUCUGAGGAGCAGAUGGCUGGCAGUGUGAGCAGUCUGGAGGGCUUCAGCCCCUGCUCCAGCACGCAGCUCGAGCAGACACACCACAGGGAGCAGGGGGCCAGGCUGCCAGGGGACAGCAACAUGGCUUGGAAACUCAUCCCAAUAACAGGUAUGAAGUCACAGACGUACCGCCUAGCUCAGGAGGCUAUUAGUCCUCAUGACCCCCGUGUGCUGCACAGCCAAGACUCUUCUCCCUUGAAGUUCACCCAGGUCUCUUCCCCGACGCCAGCAGAGAUGCACGAAGAUGACAAGGACGCUGUCCAUCCAGGCUGGUCCAGCUUCACCGCGGAGUACAUCUCUGCUGAACCCAGAGACGUGGAGAGCACUGUCUUCCAAGAGUUUGGGGGCUUUACCACUAAAGUCCAGGAGCUUCUGAGGCAGGAGAACGUCUUGUACAGCACAAAGUCGGUCGUUUCCAUCCCUGAGAAGCUGACGUCUGGGUUUUCCAAGUGCGUCCGAGUCCGGGAGCCGCACGUCCCUGUGCAGAACUACGUCGACAAGCUGUGUGAGAAGAUGAGAAGUUUGGUGGACUCUGAAAAGCUCAGAACUGCUGCCAGAUAUUCUCAGUUAAGCAGUUCUCCUCCAGAGCAGUCCCUGCAAACUGGAGCUCGACUCGGGACAGUGACGAACACGCCGCAGGUCCAGAUGGAGCUGUCGCAGUCUCCCAGUAAAGAAUGUUUAAAACAAGAUGAACCAGAGCCUGAACAACAGAGCCUGAAUGUAAACCCCGCUGCGCUGAGCGUGCCGUCCCUGGAUACUGCGAUGGAGCCUGAGCCUGCAGCGGUGGCAGGUAGCCGAGAUGGAAUGCUGCCGCUGGGGGAAGCUGCUGCUCACUGCCCUCAGAUUUCAUCGGCUGUUCAGGCUCCAGCUGCUUUCAGUAACCUCAUCAAUCAGCUCAAGCCAGAAGUCUUCUCUAGUUUGGUCAAAAUCAUCAAGGAUGUGCAGAAGAACACUUUGAAGUUUUAUAUCCACGCAGAAGAAGAAAGCACUGUGUGCACUGAAAUAAAGGAAUACUUGAUGCGAUUAGGAAACGCAGAGUGUAACCCACAGAAUUUUUUGGAAAAGAACAGCUCUUUAGACAAGCUGCUGAUCAUAAUUCAGAAUGAAGACAUUGCUGCUAACAUCCAUGAGAUUCCCGCCUUGGUGUCUUUAAAGAAGCUGCCGUCGGUCAGCUUUGCUGGUGUGGACAGCUUGGAUGAUGUUAAAAACCAUACAUACAAUGAGCUCUUUGUGUCUGGUGGCUUCAUUGUAUCGGAUGAGUCUGUUCUGAACCCUGACGUCAUCACUGUUGAAAAACUGCAGAGUUUCCUUAAUUUUUUGGAGGAACGGAACACUCAAAGUAACUGGCAAUGGAAAAUCCACUUCAAAACACAGAAGAAGCUGAAGGAAAUGGGAAGGAUGAACUCCAAAGUGCUGAGCCUCCUGACCCUGCUAAACUCCUACCAGAAGAAGCACCUGGUAGAGUUCCUGUCCUAUCAUGAGUGCGACUCACAAAGCCGCCAGGCUCCGGAGCUGGACUGCCUUAUCAAGCUGCAGGCCCAGAACAUCCAGCGCAGACACGUGGUCUUCCUCACAGAAAAACGUUUUGAGAUGUUUCCCAAGCACUGUAACAAUGGGGUUGUAGUCGCCACCAUAGAGGAUUUCAUGCAGAGUUUUCAGAGCCUUAUUGGCUUCAACAGCUCCAGCACAGAAGACAAGUGUGUACCGGGGACGAGCACUCCAGAAGUGCAGCCAGGGAUGUUACCAGUGGGAGAGCUGAAGGAGGAGGAGGAGGAUAUGUCGAUAGACUCCGAAGAAGAAUCUUCGAAAAUCGAGCUCUGUGGUGGAACCAUUAAAGCAGAAAGCCUGGAUCCAGGAGUGUGUAUCCCAGCCAUGCCUGCUGAGAGUCAGACUGCUCCCUUGCUGCACAGGGCUUCAGGACUGGACCUGGAGGCGCUCCGAUCCGCCAUCUCCAUCUUCACAUCUUCCGCUGCCAAGGACCCCAUGCCGCUGGCGCUUGUCGCUUCACCCGCUUCCCCCACCACGAUGACAUACAGCAUGUUCAAUGUGAACACUUACCAGAGUUUCCUCGGCACAGGACCCGAGACUCUCCUCACUGCCUCAAACACUCCCGGCGACCAGCAGAGAGCAGAACCAGCCCCGGGCAGUACUGGCAGCCAAGCCAGCGCUGCCCCUGCACCCAGGAACCCCACCAGCCCGGCUGCUCACCCUGCUAACCAAGCCAGCAGUAAACCUGCUUUCAGCACCCCUAACAUUCAGGUCACGCGUAAUCCUGCUCCUAAUAGUGGGGGCGGUAGCAAUCCAGCAUCUGUGACUAAUCAGGGCAGUGGUAGUCAUAAAGCCCCUGCCUGCCCCAUUAAUCUGGGCAGCAGCAGGAGUCCUGCUAACAGAGGUGGCUACAACAGUGCUACAUCAGGGAGUCUCACUCGGGGUAGUGGGGGUUCAGCUGGCAGGGGGACUGUCACUGCAAGUCAGGGUAGUGGGGGUUCAGCUGGCAGGGGGACUGUCACUGCAAGUCAGGGUAGUGGGGGUUCAGCUGGCAGGGGGACUGUCACUGCAAGUCAGGGUAGUGGGGGUUCAGCUGGCAGGGGGACUGUCACUGCAAGUCAGGGUAGUGGGGGUUCAGCUGGCAGGGGGACUGUCACUGCAAGUCAAGGUAGUGGGGGUUCAGCUGGCAGGGGGACUGUCACUGCAAGUCAGGGUAGUGGGGGUUCAGCUGGCAGGGGGACUGUCACUGCAAGUCAGGGUAGUGGGGGUUCAGCUGGCAGGGGGACUGUCACUGCAAGUCAGGGUAGUGGGGGUUCAGCUGGCAGGGGGACUGUCACUGCAAGUCAAGGUAGUGGGGGUUCAGCUGGCAGGGGGACUGUCACUGCAAGUCAAGGUAGUGGGGGUUCAGCUGGCGGAGGAAGUGGCAGUGCUGCACCCGGGACUCCAGAUAAUAGUGUCAGUGGGAAUUCAGCUGGCAGAGGGGCCAGCAUUUCGACAGCAACGACUCCCAGUCGGGGCAGAGGGACAGGCAAUGCUUCAUCCGGGACUGGUACCAGCCGUGGGAGGGGUAACUCUGCUAGCAGAGGCAGCAGCAGCAGCAGCCCUGCAGGCUCCGGGGCUCCUAACCAGGGCCGCGGUGGCGCUGCACCCAGGAACCCCUCCAGCUACGGCCAGGGAAACUUUCACCACAGAGGCGGCGGGAACUCUGCUAGCCGCAGGCGAGGGAACCGCAGGGGGGGCAGUGGGCAUUCUUUAUACCGCGGGCGGGGGCAUUUUGACGGGUACCGAGGGAACGGUGCCCCUCACAGGCACAACAGGGGCGGUUAUUGGGGGAACGAAAGGGAGAACUUCUACAAUGAUGACUUUGGCACCAUGUUCAAACCUUACUGACAAUUAAAAUGUACCUAGUAAAUAUUCAGAGUCAUACAUGAAGCGCUUUAAAUAAACCAACAUUUCUUUAAACCUAUGUAUACUGUAUGUGUAUAUACAUAUAUAUAAAUUCUUGGCACUGGGUAGUUCGGUUCCUCUACACUGAGGGAACUCCGUUGCUUGCUAUGUAUACAAACCCUAGACAGAAUCCACUAUAUUUGUAUUUGCCAAGAACCUUUUGUUACCCAAAUUCGUUUGUGAAUUAACUGCUUUUUUCUUGUCUUUAAAAUGUAUAGGGAAGGGAAAUGUACUACAGCUCAGAGACAGUAUACAUUUUUUUUUUUUAAAUCCUCUUUCCAGGUGGCAUUGUUCGCUGCUGAUUUUUAAAAAAUAAAUCUUUUUACAAUUAGGUUGUUGAAAAUGGUGGACUUUUCUAUGAGAUCCACUUGUAUCAAAAUGCAGGACAUUUUAUUUUACAAAAAUACAACAACAAAAAUGCAGUGAGAUUGAUUGUUUGGUUUUUUUUCUUUUUAAUGGUUUGAGUCCCUGUGCACGAUAAAAGCUGUGAAUCCAUGUAACAGUUACUGUGGUAUUGUCUCAUUCCAAAAAAUCUACAAUAAAGACAUCAUCUCCUUAAGGAACUCUACUAUGCACUACAAUGAAAGCUAAAUGAACUGGUCACCAGUGACAGGACAUUGAGGGCAGCUCCAUUCAAGGGACUCAUUCAUUUGUAUUGAAGACCAAAUCCUUUUAGGAUUUUGCUGGCUGGUAAACAGAGAUCUGCAGUCCAUGAUGCUUGCAUCACUUGCUGUGUCAGUAUGUAUCUAAGGGUAUGCCGGGUAUUCCUGUAUCCUUUGGACCGUGUUCUGACCCAUUCCCGGUUUCAUUGUAUCAUUACAUUUGGCUCGCUUUGGAGAAUCUCGCACCUUUUUUUAUCAAGGCUGUGUCGCAGGAGGGCUUCUGAAACAUCUUUCAGUGACUAGAAUGUCCACGGCUGCAUUGCCUGUUGUCUGUUUUUGUGUAUUAAAUCUUCUUUGAGGGAGGUGUUCCUCCUGCAGUUGAGGUGUGUUUAUUUUAUUUAUUUUUUUAUUUAAAGAUUUGCAAAUAUUUAUCUAAAUGUGUAGUGUAUUGGAACAUUGAUCCCUUGCCUUUUUUUUUUUUUUUUUUUUUUUCUUAAUUGAUGGACACACCUGAAAUGCCUAAAAUAUACUGGUCAACAAACUAGUGACAUUAAGAAAAAUCUACCUUAGUUGUUGUUUUUGUGAUUUUACAGGUUUUUAUUAUUGAAUAUGUUAAAUAAAGGAUACCUGUUUUACAGCAAUAUCAAUAGUUAUUUUAAUGUAGUUUUUUAUUUAAUUUUUUUAUUUUGCGCUCGUGAAAGUGUAGGCACAGUGGCACCGCCUACAUGCAGGUUACAAUCCAAUGGCAGUCUUGCCCGUUUCCAUGAUUAGAUUACAGCUCCUAAGCUUCAUUCUUUUAACAGUUUAAUGUAUUGUCUGAGCCUCAAAGUUUAUGGCACUGCCAGCUAUACUUUUAUAUUCUAACGGCCAUGGCACUGCCAGCUAUACUUUAUAUUCUAACGGCCAUGGCACUGCCAGCUAUACUUUAUA